AUGGAGGCUCUGCUAGGGGAGCUGCUGCAGCUGCUGCGGCUGCUGUGGCCUCGGCUGCAGCAGCAGCAAACCCGUCCGCAACAUCUGCUGCUGCUGCUGCUGCUGCUGCUGCUGACAGCAGCAGCGGCACAGGGAGAUGCUCUCCGGGCCCCGAACAUCCACAGUGCAGCAGCAGCUGCAACAGCAGCAGCAGCAGCAACUGCUGUUGCUGCCACUACAGUGACUGCAGCGGGAAUACCGGCUCCCAGCCCCGUUGCUGCUGCACAACUCCCAGAAGCAGCAGCAACAGCAGCAACAGCAGCAACAGCAGCAGCAGCAGCAGCAGCAGCCGUGUAUGACUCAGAGAGCGGGGAGAGCAGCAGCUCUCAGGCAGAGUUGCAGUCACAAGAAAACAAUGCGGGCAGCAGCAGCGACAGCAGCAGCAGCGACAGCAGCAGCAGCAGCAGCAGCGACAGCAGCAGCAGCAGCAGCAGCGCUGCGGCUGCAUAUGAGGGCAAUGUCGUGUACGUAUCGCCUGUGCUGGAGCAGCAGCAGCAGGGACAGCAACAGCAAAACGAGCAGCAGCAGCAGCAACAGCAAAACGAGCAGCAGCAGCAACAGGAGCAGCAACAGGAUGAACAGAUGCAGCAACCGCAGCAGCAGGUAGGCGAGCUGCAGCAGCAGCAGCCAGUGCAGUUGGAGCAGCAGCAGCAGCUGCAGCAGCAGGAUGAGCUGCAGGAGCAGCAGCAAAGUCAACAACUGCAGCAGCAGCAGCAGCAGCAGGUUCAACAGGAGCUGCAGCAGGAGGAUGCGCAGCAGCAGCAGGUUCAACAGCAGCGGCGGCAGCAAGACGAGGAGCCGCAGCAACAACUGCAGCAAAAGCAGCAGCUGCUGCGAGAGAAGCAGCAGCAGCAAGAGGAGCCCGGGCAACUGCAGCAGCAGCCACUGCAGGAAGCAGAGCCGCAGCAGCAGCAAGCGCAGCAGCAGCAAGCGCAGCAGCAGCAGCAGCAGCAGCAGAGGGAAGCAGCUGUGGGAGAAAGGCCCUGCCUUUCGGACAAUGACACAGAGUGCCAGCGAGCAGCAGCAGCAACAGCAGCAGCAGCAACAGCAGCAGCAGCAGCAGCAGCAGCAGCAGCAGCAGCAGCAGCAGCAGGGCCCACGGGGGCCCGCCUCCGGGCCCCCGCAGGCCAGUCUGCAUAUGGAGACGAAUUAAGAGACAGUCUUUUGCCCGCAAACAACUUUUUAAAUGAGGGGGCCCCCCAGGGGGCCCCCCAGGGGGCCCCCCAAGGGGCCCCCCAGGGGGUCCCCCUGCCUGGGGGCCCCUUAGGGGGGCCCCCCCCGUUGGGGCCCCCUCUCCAGGGCCCGCCCCCAGAGCAGCAGCAGGGGGCCCCCGCAGCAGCAGAUCUGCCCUCGGGGGCCCCCUCAGCCUGGCUGCCACAGGGGGCCCCCCAGCAGGGUACCAAGAGGGCCCCCCAGCAGGCCACCAGGGGGGCCCCCCAGCAGGGUACAGGGGGGGGCCCCCAGCAGGGUACCGGGGGGCCCCCCGUGGAGAGCGGCGGGGAGGGGGAGCUGCUGGAGGUGGAUGGGUCGGGGGGCCCCCCGAGUUUGGGGGGCCCCCCUGGGGGCCCCCCUGGGGGCCCCCCUGGGGGCCCCCCUGGGGGCCCCCCUGGGGGCCCCCCUGGGGGCCCCCCUUUUGCUGUUGGGGGCCACUUCGCAGGGUCUGUGGAGGGGCAGCUGCUGUGUCUGCAUUGGAACUUGGCGAAUGCUGCUUUGAGUUUGCUGCUGCUGUACGCCUGCGCCCCGCGGCGGCUGCAGCAGGCAGCAGCAGCAGCAGCAGCAGCGGGGCAGCCAGCAGCAGCAGCAGCAGCCGCCGCAGCAGCAGCAGCAGCAGCAGCAGCGCAGCAGGCCGCGCGCCUGCCGCCGCUCACGCACCGCCUCUUCGCCUUCAAGGGCCUCCCGCGUUCCGCGGGGCCCCCGGGGGCCCCCCGGGGGCCCCCGGGGGCCCCCCUGGGGGCCCUCUGCGCCGCCGGCCAAAGCGCGCAAGCCGCGUCGGGCGCGCUGCAUGCGCUGGGGUGUACGUACACCUCGCCGCGGGCCUCCGUGUGGGGCUGGGGUGUAUCGACAGUGGCAGUGGGGAGUUCCUUCGGGGGCCCUUUUGCUGCGCUGCUGGCCAACUGUCUUUCUGCGCUUUACGACCUCGCGCUCCUCGCCUUCUAA